CGGCGCUCGCGAAUUUUACUCCAAACAUUUAAGUUUAAUAAUGUAAGGAGAAAGUUUGCAAUUAAUUUAACAAGUGAAUGUCUGGAGUAAAUAGCCGGUGCGCUGUUACAAAGACGAGAUGGCGCCCAAGGCUGAUUAUAGCGAACUUAAAAAGUCAAUCGACACUCUGAUCGAGGAAGUUGCUACGAUCAAGGAGCAGCAGAAAACCAUCAUGUCCCUUGUUGUGCAGCUGGAUCAGAUGAGGGCUGACAAUUUGGAGAAAGACAAGAAAAUCGCAAUUCUGGAGAACAGAGUUGCUGAUAUUGAGCAGUACACAAGGAUCAAUGAUGUGAUCAUCACCGGACUUAGCAUCAAACCCCGGUCUUACGCACGAGCAGUAGCCCCAGCGAAUGGAGGGGAGCCGGCGGAGUUGGAUGUUAUUUCGAUGGAGCGACAGGUGGCGGUCUUCAUGCAGUCCAAGGAUAUACAACUGGACUGUAACAGCAUCGAAGCAUGUCACCUUUUGCCCAGGAGAGGAACAAACGACAAGCCGAGCGUAGUUCUGAGAUUUGUCAAUAGAAAGCACAAGAUCGCGUUGCUAAAACAGGGAAGGAAGCUAAAAGGAACAAACAUAUACAUGAACGACCAUUUGACCAAACGAAAUGCUGAUAUAGCCCGAAAAGCACGCCAAAUGAGGAGAGAGAAGAAAAUUCUACAAACUUGGACUGCGAACUGUAAAGUAUUCAUCAAACUCAACGGCACUCCGGAGAACGCCAAAGUGCUGCUGAUUAGAAACAUCGAAGAUCUGAACGAAUAUGACGUAUGAACUGGAAUGUAAGAACCGAGCACCAAGGAAGAGUGAGACGUUGGAGCAGACCGAAGCUGGGAGAGUGAGGAGAAAGCAAUUUUGACGCAAUGAAUAUGGAACUUGGAGACAAGCUAUUUCGACAUAAAUGGAUUGCUUACCCAAAAUCAACAGGAAACAUCCCAGGCCAGCUGGACCAAACAGACAACUGUCCUUCGACCGUUUCGGACCUGGAACUGGCGAGGAUUAUGAGACAUUUUUCAUCUGAAUGGG